AUGCCUCACACUACGGAAAUCGCACCCCUCAAGAUUGCCGUUCUCGGUGCCGGCGGCGGCAUCGGCCAGUCGCUGUCGUUGCUGCUCAAGACGUCGCUCCGCGACACGUGCAUCACCGCGGACUCCCGCAUCACGCUCGCGCUGUACGACGUGAACCGCGACGCCGUGGCCGGCGCCGCGACCGACCUGUCGCACAUCAACACGCCCGUGACUGUCACGUGGCACGCGCCGGCCUCCUCCGGCGCUCCCGCCGCAUCGGACUCCGACCCGCUGGCCGCGUGUCUCCAGGACGCCCGGCUCGUCGUCAUUCCCGCCGGCGUUCCGCGGAAGCCCGGAAUGACCCGUGACGACCUCUACUCCAUCAACUCGCGCAUCGUGACCACGCUGGCACGUGGCAUCGCGGCGCAUUGCGACCUGUCACGCACCUUUGUGCUGCUGAUCUCCAACCCGGUCAACUCGCUGGUGCCCGUACUCGUGGAUACACUGGUCGCCGGCGGUGCCCCGGCAACGGUGGCGCGCCGGGUGUUCGGCCUGACGCAGCUCGACGCAGUGCGUGCGUCGACCUUCCUGCACGCUGCACUCGGCUGCAGCGCCAACGAAGUCGUGCAUGUGCCUGUGGUCGGCGGCCACUCCGGCCACACCAUAGUACCGCUGUUCUCGCAGUCGGGUACUAGCGGGGGAGACGUGGAGAGACAAAAGCUGGCGGCACGUGCCCACUCGCUGAGCGCGGCCACGGUUUCGCAGCUGGCGUAUCGCGUUCAGUUCGGAGGCGACGAAGUGGUCAAGGCCAAGAACGGCGCCGGCAGCGCGACGCUGUCGAUGGCAUAUGCCGCGGCGCAGGUGACACAGGCGUUUGCCGAGCUUUUGCUGAACCUGCGCGCAGAGAUCUGCGACACGCUGUACGUGAACGUGGGCGCGAUCGCCGCCCAGAUCGGAGCCGACGCGGAAGAGCAGCUCGCGCAAAUAAGCGGCGGGCUGCGGUACCUGUCGGUGCCGUUGAGAGUGACCGAGGCCGGAGUCGAGAGCAUGCAGACGGAGUGGGCCCAGCACAUGACCGAGGCCGAGCAGUCCAUGUGGCUAGCGUGUGUGCAAGAGUUGCAGAGUUCGGUGCACGAGCGCGGGGCGUGA